AUGGUCAGAGGCAUCUACCGAGUCUACUUCCACCCACUUAGCCGUUUUCCUGGACCAAAGUUCUCUGCCUUUACUCGCCUACCGUACCUCACUGCUAUAGCGAAAGGCAAACUACCGCGACACGUUGCCCAGCUCCACAAACAGUACGGAGAGAUAGUGCGCAUCUCGCCUGACGAACUCAGCUUCACCAACCCAAAAGCCUGGCGCGAUAUCUACGGCUAUGGGUCAAAGGAAGGACCAGGCUCCGCGCCGCCCAAGAACUGGAACCGGCAGGGAAGUUCUCCUAAUGGAGCCAACUCACUUGUCGCAGAGCGAGACAACGUCGAACAUGCACGAAUCCGUAGAAUCUUCUCUCCUGCGUUCUCCGACCGAGCGCUCGUACAGCAGUCACCGUUAUUUAUCAAAUAUGCCGAUCAACUUAUCCGCAAUUUGAGAGAAAGUGUCCAAGCGAACGCGGUCGACCUCGUCCGAAUGGUCACUAAGCGACUUGAAAAGGGACGGGUGUCCGAGGGUGUCGAUCUGUGGGACUUAGUUCUCCAACAAGAAGACAAAGGUAAAGCGGGCCUGACCCGCCCUGUUAUGGAUAUGAACGGCGAGUUGUUCAUGAUAGCUGGGACCGAAACGACAGCGACAUUAAUCAGUGGACUGACGUACCUGCUUCUGACACACCCUGAAGCGAUGGCGAAGCUCGUGGAUGAGAUUCGGACGGCAUUCAGUUCGUCAGACGACGUCAACAUGGAAAUCACCGCUGGUUUACCCUAUCUCAAUGCGUGCAUCAAGGAGGCGUUCAGACACUACCCUCCUGUGCCGAUUGGUUUGCCGCAUCUCACUCCCGCUGAAGGGUCGACUGUUUGUGGAAUUUUCGUUCCUCCCAAUACGAAUGUCGCAGCCUCUCAUUUGGCAAUGUACAACUCCCCCGAUAACUUCAUACUCCCCGAACGUUUCAUCCCCGAGCGCUGGCUCGGGGACCCACGCUUCGCCUCCGAUGAUCGCUCAGCUCUUCAGCCGUUCCAUGUGGGUCCAAGGGACUGCCUAGGCAAGAAGUAA